AUGCGUUUCAAAUUUUUAUCCGAAAAAACUAAAUUAUUUUUCCGAAUUGACGCGAUAACAGGUGACAUGGCGACAGCCAUCGUCAUUGACAGAGAUCUGCCGACGUUAUGCCGACAGAAAGAGGCAUGCGAGUUGGCAGCUGAUGUCAUGGUCACGCAGCCCAUCCGAUAUUUCCAAAUAAUUCGGAUCGUCAUAGAAAUAAUCGACCUGAACGACAACAAGCCCAUCUUCCUUGAAACUUUAACAACGUUAGAAAUUAAUGAGGCGACCAUUGUGAACAGCAGCUAUUUGUUGCCCACUGCCACUGAUUUUGAUAAUCCUGCGUACGGAAUUAAAAAUUAUUUUUUGAUCAAUUCUCCAGAAGAGUUUCUACUUUCAGUUUCGCCAAAAUUUGAUUUUAGUUUAGACCUUCGUCUAGUGCUGAAUAAAAAACUGGACAGAGAAAACAUAUCAGGUUACAGAUUGCUGUUGAUUGCCGUAGAUGGAGGCAGCCCCUCACAAACCGGCAGUCUCUUCAUCGACGUUAUCGUAACCGACUCUAACGAUAAUCACCCAAAAUUCAAUUCAACCAGAUACGAAAUCAGCAUUCAAGAGAAUGCCCAAAUAAAUAGUGUCGUCAUCAGACUUGAGGCGUUUGAUCCAGACGAAAACAACAACGGCUUUGUUAGGUACAAAUUCAGUCCAAGAACAGUUUUGCUUCAUGGAAAAAUAUUCGACAUCCGCCAAAUUACUGGCGAAAUAAUUGUUUGUGGUUCUGUUGACAGAGAGAGAACGAGCCAACAUCAAUUGGUGGUAAUAGCGUACGACGAAGGUGUUAACGUGAUGUCCUCUGAGACGACCGUUGUUGUGAAAGUUGAAGACAUGAAUGACAACGCCCCACAAAUAACAUUCAACACUCUCAACGGACUCAACAAAUCAAAUAAUUUGUUCAAUCAGUUGCAGACAGAAAUUCCAGAAGAUUCACCGGUGGGUUUGUUUGUGGCUCAAGUGAACGUAGUUGACGUCGAUGCUGGCGAUAAUGGCCUGGUGAACUGCUCAGUGUUGGAUAAAACGUUUGCUCUUAUAAGAAAAUAUCCAACUGAGUUUCAGCUGGAGGUUGCGCAACCGCUAGAUAGAGAAAGGACCGAUGUUUACAAUGUAAACAUUCGAUGUCACGAUAUGGCUGAGGUAUCAAGGUUUAAUGAAAAAAGUUUGAAGAUUAUAAUAACAGAUGUAAAUGACAAUUGGCCAGUGUUUCUACAACAAAUAUACAAAAUUUCUCUGUUGGAAAACAAUCCUAUAGGUUUUACCCUGCAUCAGGUCAGUGCAACUGAUAAAGACCUAGGAGAUAAUGGUUUGGUACGUUAUUCCCUUAGUGGAGUGCAUUCAGCAAAAUUUCACGUUGACCGGCAGGGUGUUGUCACAAUUCAUUUUACAGCCGACAGAGAAACUCAAGACAUUUACGAAAUAACCGUUCUUGCCAUAGACGGAGGUUCAAACCCACUUACGGGCACAACCGCGAUGAUGAUCGUCGUCGAGGAUGUGAAUGAUGAACGUCCAAAAUUUUUGCAAAAAGAGUAUCAUUUCGCAAUAACUGAGAACCAGUUGGGCGGAUCACAAGUUGGAGUGACAGUGGCGACGAUAGUAGCUACUGAUGCAGACGUGGCAGAAAACUCAAAAUUGAUGUACAAAAUAUUAGAAGAUAGGACGAUAAUGAACAGGUUAUACUUUAAAUUAGACAAACACACAGGUGAGUUGAAGGUGGCUAAGAGCUUGGCGGAAUUUGAGGAACAACUUUUUCUCAUUGCCAUCUUAGUUUCCGAUAGUGGCGUUCCACCCAGAGUUUCUUCUUCAGUCAUUGACGUUUAUGUC